AUUAAAAAAAAAAAAAAAAAAACGAUUUCUUUCUCAACUUGUCGAUCAGUGAGAGCGUCUCAAUUUCAGUGUUUCAUCGAAUUUGUAGAGUUAUAUACCCGAAUUAGCAAAUUUUGGGAAAUCGAAAUCUCUAUCAUAUCAAAUUUCUUCAGUCUCCAUGUACUUAUUAUCCUCUGUAUUACUCUGAUCCGAAUGUAUAAUAAGAUGUGCCAUGAACCUACCAACAUCUCUUCGUCGGAGUCUAAUUUUAUAUUCCCUGAGGUAGACCACCUCCCCUUGACGUCACGGCGGAGUUUAUUGCUAUCGAGUGAAAGAGUCUCUCAACGUAUCGCUGCUUCUGUUCCUGCAUCGAAUGUUGAUAGUAUCUUGAAAAGAGAAGGAGAAGAAGAAGAAGAUUGCGUCAAUGAGCUGGGUGUUGUGUCAAAUUGUGAUGCUACGGAAUCUGUAAACAUCAAAAUACUGGAAUCUACGAGCAUUGGUUGUAGUCAAGGUCUUAACGAGUCUGGAAAUCUAAGACCACAGAACAACAUUCUAUUAUGCUGUAGUAAUGCCGAAGAGAAUUUCAAAAGAGUCGAAGAAACUGAACGGAGUGAUGAUCUUGAACAUCUCACACUGAAGGAGCGGCGCAAAAUGCUUCUUGAAAGGGUGGCUAUAAGGUUACCAGAAUCUAACCUAGAGGAUAAUACUAAAGAUUGCGAUGAAACUGAUCUUUACAAAAUAAAAGCUGAGAUUUCAUGCAAAAUAGCUUCGUCUUCUGGGGUCCAAUUCAGCGGCUUUCUAGAGAAAAUUGAUUCUGUCCUCUGUAAAAAUUAUAGUAUAGGUUCAGAAUCUGGAAGUCAGCUUAAUGGAAUUCAAGAGAGUGAUAUUCCAAUUUCUCAUGAACGGUCGUUUGGUUUGUCACUUGAAGCCAGUUUACCUGAGGUAUCCAGUAGAGAUGACGAACACUCUCCGUUAGGUAGCAACGGAAAUCCAAGAAAAAGUGUGAAAAGAGUCAAAAGGAAUCAUCUGCCUUUGAAUGUGUAUGAACUACAGUCUACUCAAGUUAAGGCUGAUCCUUUGGGUGAUUGUGUCAUGGAGAACAAUGACGAGAAAAAUCCUGUUACCUCAGAGCAGAUACCGGUCAAAAGAGAGGUAGAAGCCCAUGGUGAAGCUCUUGAUGAAAAUGAGCUAGAUUCUGUGAAAUUGAGCUUUCGCUUGAAUCGCUGUACAUCUGCUCCGAAACCGUCUAGGUGUAUGAAAAACGAAGCAGAGACCGCUAGUGAAUUGGAUGAAGAUGAGAUAGACCACAUGAAAUUAAUUGAUCGAUUAAAGCUUCGAUCUUUUCAUGGUUCAGGUCAUCAUGAAGAUCUUAAUUCUCCGUCCUCAGGGUUUAGCUUCUGUACAUCUGAUGAAUACGUUAAACCUCCUAGGGUAUUUCGUCCUUGGAAGCGGAAGAAAACCGCUACGGACUCAAUUGAGACGGCUCUGGAGGAAGAUGCUCCUGGUCUUUUGCAGGUACUGAUUCAACAAGGAGUAUCAGUUGAAGAACUUAGGCUUUAUGGGAACGAAGGUGGUGAUGUUUCCUCAGAUGAUUCACUUCUCGACGAGAGUUUCUCGGAGCUCGAAGAUGUGAUCUCACAGCUUUUCUUCAAACGCGAGACGGGCACAAAACUUCUUAAUUCAAGUUUCUCAAAAGUUUCAAGAACUAGCUAUUGCUUGACCUGUCUGUUCUCCCUCAUCGAACAGGCGCGGUAUUUACAGUUCCGCAAAUGGCCUGUUGAGUGGGGCUGGUGCCGUGAUCUCCAGUCUUUCAUAUUUGUUUUCGAGAGACAUAACCGUAUAGUAAUGGAACGACCUGAAUAUGGCUACGCAACAUACUUCUUCGAGCUCAGCAACACUGCAUCAAUCAGAUGGCAGAUUAAACGGUUAGUCUUGGCCAUGAAACUAGCAAGCUGUGGCCGAUAUCAGCUGAUUGAAAACAAGCCGUUACUGGUAGGAGAAGAUAUGACCGCAGGCGAAGCAGAAGUGCUGAUGAAGUACGGUUGGGUAGCUAACACUGGACUAGGGACUAUGGUAAACUACCGCGAUAGAGUCUACCAUGACAGGAAGACCCAAAAACAGACAUCAGUAUGGAGAUGUAAGAUUUCUGAGCUUCUUGUCGAUGGCUAUAACAGUGGAACCAUCGUCUCAACUUUCAUUGCUCCUCAUGAUGAUGAUGAUGUUGAUGAUGCCGGACUUGACAUGGGAGAUGUUAAGCUUGAGCCUUAUUGAAGCUGUGAAUCUGUUAUAGAGUCUUCAACUGUUGAUUGUUUAUUUACUUGGUCAACUAAAUUUAAUCGAACCAUUAACUUCAAUAAGCAUGCUAAAAAAUUCCCAUGCUUUCUUUUAUCACCACAAGCUCCAGAUUUUGCUGCAAUUGUCACUAUAGUUUUGUCUAGUCGUGGUUAACUUUAGCGUAUAAAAAUGAGCCCAGUGU